AUGGCUGGUCCGAAACAGGUUGUAGCGAUGAAAAUUUUGGUGGAUAUUGAUGGUGACAUGGGUUUCAGAUUUACAGAGAUGGAGGAGAAAAAAUUGGCAGAGGAGUUUCGCUUUGGGCUGGUUCUAAAAUUCUUGACAGUUAGGCCAAACAUUGACACGAUUAGGCUGACCAUAAACAAGACUUGGGGACUGAGAGAGAUGCCGGUGGUGAGUUUUAUGGAUUCGAAGCAUGUGUUGUUUCAAUUACGGAAUGAGAUAGACUAUAUUCAUACAUGGGCAAGGGAAGGGCGAACCAUGGCUGGAGGGAAUUUUCGCCUGUUUAAAUGGACACGAGACUUUGAUUUGAGCAGUGAAUCGCCUUUGGCUCCUCAAUGGAUUUUUCUUCCUAAGCUUCCCCUGCAUCUAUACGGUAUGGAUUGUUUGAAAAUUCUGGCAUCACGAUUUGGGCGAUAUUUGGGAACGGAUCAAGCCACACUAACUCGAACAAGAGCCACAGGGACAAUGAUAUGUGUGGAAGUUGAUUUGAGGGAUACACCGAUUUUGGGUUUUCCGAUUGCUUUUCCAAAUAGAAACAUUUAG